UAUUUUUAUAACAAAGAUUUACAGGUGCCCCAAGACCAUUUUAUGGGAGACACCAUAAGAGAUCCUUAGGAAUCCCCCUCUGGUGUAAAGUUGGUCAGACUACUGCCACACCAGCCACUGCAGGAGUCCCAGCAAAAGCAGAAGGAGACUGGUCAUUCAUCUGUUAGAAUGCCGUAAAGUAGCUUUACGAGAGCGUUAGAACCAGGGUGCUAUGGAAGAUGCCCUGACUGCAAAAUUUGGCCUCAUGGAAGGCCCAGUCCCUGGUCUACCUGACCACAAAAGCCUCCACCAGGGACAUUCUUGUUGCUUAGGCACUUGCCCCACUGUCUUAGCAUAGAAAGUCUAGAGGCGGAUACACAAAUCCACACCCCAGUUCCCAAGAAAAGGAAGAUUUAAAAAGAAACAAAAACCCAGGAAAGCUUUUGUGGCCAUCUGUCUAAUGCACUAGCAGAAGGGGUGUUUCACUGAACUCAUGACUAGCUACCAAUCGCUGAUGAAUAGAAGCAUGGUGUGAUAGCAUGCUCCGACAGCGUCAUUUGAAAGAGGGACAGUCUCUUCUACCCCAUCCAAACUGGAUAAGUGCCCCAUGCUGAGGUGUUUGAACCAUUUCAAAGUAUUACACAACUGUCCUCCACUCUCCUGUUUUAUGAGCUGAACUUGGACCGAAUCUCCACUUUGUCUGACCUUUGCACUCUUUAAUUGCUAUGACCUCACUUUGGCUACCACAGCAGUGUUUAAAGUCCAUCAGAGAGGGGAGUAUACAUGCCCUGUACUCGAAACAACCCAGCCCUAUUUCCACCUCACUACAUGUCUGUGCAUUAGAGUUUCAUGAGCCUGGAUUUGUUUGGUCUGACUGCAAGAUGAAGCAAGUUGUCAAGACAGUGGUUCUGUGCCUGGCCCUGAGUCUAGGAAGAUGCAAUGAAGAAGUAACCCCAGACAACUCAGUCAACCAAGCUGCCCCAGAGGAAUCAUCUUCAGCAGACUGGGGCAUUGGGACUAUCCGAGAUGGCUUUGAAACCGUUAAUGGCUAUUUUGACUCUUUUUUAGAGUUGCUAGGAGGAAAAAAUGGGGUUUGUCAGUACAGAUGUAGAUAUGGGAAGGCUCCAAUGCCCAGACCGAACUACAAGCCACAGGAGCCCAAUGGCUGCAGCUCCUACUUCCUUGGUCUCAAGGUACCAGAAAGCCUGGAUUUAGGUAUCCCUGCCAUGACUAAGUGCUGCAACCAGCUGGAUGUUUGUUAUGACACCUGUGGAGCGAACAAAUACCGCUGUGAUGCUAAAUUCCGCUGGUGCCUCCACGCCAUCUGCUCAGAUCUCAAACGGAGCCUUGGUUUUGUCUCCAAGGUUGAAGCUUGUGAAUCUGUAGCAGAUACAGUGUUUAACACUGUCUGGACUCUGGGCUGCCGACCCUUCAUGAACAGCCAAAGAAGCGCCUGCAUUUGUAAUGAGGAAGAAAAAGAGGAACUUUGAAGAGCAGAGACCUCUAGCCAGAGAUGACCUAAUGCAUCCCCUCUCUGAUGCAGCUCUUUAGCAAGCCAUUUUCCAUCAGCCCUCUGAAAUGGAGAAGUUAUAAUAGUAUGGGGCAGGAGGAGCAGAUUUUUGCACUGUGUAUAAUGCAUCAGUUACAGCUUUGGGGUGGAGGGGUGCAGUCAGAGGCAGUGACAGCUACUGCCUACCUCAGAUCCAAUCUAACAGACCCAUCUCUUUCCAGGUGUAUCAUUGUGGGUUAUUUUAAUGCCAAUUUUCUAUUGAAACCAAUUAAGAUGAGCAAACAGAAUGCAAUGCAGACAGUAAUAAGUAGUUUCUGCAGCAGAUGUUAUACACACGUAUAACAACUUCCUCUCUCACUGAUACACCCUGCAAAACAAGUUUUCCCACUAGCCAUCAAAGUUCCAGUCACUAGUUACAUCUUUUAAAUAAAUUAUUCAAAUACAUGAGAUGAGAUGAGCUGAGCUACGAUAUCUGGGGGCAGGGUGGAAAAAUUCUUCCCAUUCUGGGGUUUUGGCUCAGACCCAUUAUUUACACACAUACAAACUACCCCGCUUAUCUGAAAUGUUUAGAGGCUCCCCAAACUGUUCAGAUAACCAAGGAUUUUUGUUUGCUAAGAGAAUGAUUUAUGGCUGGGGACAUGGCCGAGGAUUUUGAGUAGUUCCAAUACACGUGUGCACACAAAGGUAGACUGGGACAAAGACCAUCCACACUAUACACAUAUAGGACUCUGCCCAUAAUUUCCACAGCAGAGGAAUAAGCUUCCCCCCCACCCCCAUUCCAUUCAGCUGUACCUGUUUAUUUUCCUCCUUCAUAAUUUAAAACCAAAGGGAAAAAUUACAUUAGUCUCCAGUAAGCACCUUCAGCAGUGUCCUUUUAAGGGGAGGGGGGAUUUGCAGGAGGCAAAGAGUUGGAUUUGAUGGGACUUUGGGAAAUCUUCAGGCAUCCUUGUAGAAUGGUACUGUACAGGCUAUGUUUGGUAAGGCAGGGCUUGGUUUCACCCCCUCUCCUUUGGGUAGGGACAUGGCUAACUUAAAGAGAUGAACAAUCCCAGCGGAUUUAUUUUUUCAAACAUGUUUAAGAUCUAAAUCUGUUAAAGGAUUCUCUUAUAGACUUUAAAAACUACCCCCACUCCCCCCAGGGAAUUUUGUUGGGGUUUGUUGUUGCUGCUGCAAGGGAGUUUCUACCAAGAUGUUAGAUUUCAGAGUAGCAGCCGCAUUAGUCUGUAUCCGCAAAAAGAAAGAGGAGGACUUGUGGCACCUUAGAGACUAACAAAUUUAUUUGAGCAUAAGCUUUCGAUGAAGUGGGCUGUAGCUCACGAAAGCUUAUGCUCAAAUAAAUUUGUUAGUCUCUAAGGUGCCACGAGUCCUCCUUUUCUUUCUACCAAGAUGUGUGUACCAUACAAGAUAAGUGGAUCUAAAACAUGCCUGUGUGUGUAUAUAUAUAUUAUACUUUACACACACACACACACACUCUCCCCGUCUUCCAUUCACUUUUACACAUUGCACAGUGGAAGUUACAACACUUUGUUUUUUUUGACAGAUUCUGUUUUAGUUAUUUAAAACAGUAAGCAGUAAGUUAUUUAAACUACUGUCCCUGUUUUUGCCAGGCUUAUUGGCCGCACAUUGGAAAGUGUUAUACAUGUGACCUAUAUGGUCUGCCGCAAUGGGAGGCUAUUGUUAGAAAACAUGAGACUAAGGUAAUAAAAAGUGAUAUCACUGAGUUGUGUGGGGAUUCCUCACCUCCCUUUGCAAGGGCCAUUUUUAUCUCAUCAGUGCAAAUUAGAGGUUCCUCUCAGCAGGUGAUAAGCCAUUGGCCAGUGAGUAUUACAGUGCCAAAGUUCAGCCCAGUAGCGAUCAGAAUGUUUCCUGCAGAAAGGGCCUGAUUGUCAGCCCUAGUUUGUCUGGGGUGGAAGGGGUAGGGAGAGUUGUGUGGGAGGAAAUGUUUCUGGUUUCAGACACUGAGAACUUUAUAUUCCAUUGUUAAUUCUAAAUGUCAGUUUAUACGUACAAUUAAAUAUCACUUGCAAAAA